AUGAACGAUCAGGUCGUUGCAGGUUCCUCAUAUUCACCCAGCGUGAGCUAUGCAGCCGACCGACCCUCGAGGUCUUCCUCGUCAACAUCCUCAACAAGGCUUUCGAUCCAGCGCCGAUCUUUGUGGCAGGUACUCUUUGGCGGUGACGACCGAGCGAGCGGGCAGAAGCGGAGGGCAGUCCCUUCUGCCCGUUUGCUCCCGCGUCAACGUCGUCGUCGUAUCUCCACCUCUGGCGCCUCAAGAAAAUCGAAACGCGCAUGCAAGGCACCCACCUCUGCCUCCGCACCAGCCUCAUCCUCCUCUUCCUCUGCAUCUGCAUCCGCAUCUGCGUCCACAUCCACCUCCUCGGCAUCAGCUUCCCCAACCAACAGUGCCAACGGCAACCGAACAUCAACCGGCAAGACGAUGGCGGGUUACUGGGCCGACUGGACCGCCUCUACUCUCCCCGCCUCCUCGAUCGACUUCACCAAGUUCGACAUUGUCAACUACGCCUUUGCCCUGCCCACCGCCAACUUUGACCUGUCUCUUCCCACCGAUCCGUCAGGAAACACGCUUCGGUCGUUUGUCAAGGCUGUCCACGCAGGGAACUCCAAAGCCGUCCUCUCGCUCGGCGGGUGGGGUGGUUCCACCUACUUCUCCCCCGCCGUUCGAACAAACGCCUCUCGAUCCACGUUCAUCUCGAACAUCGUCAAGACGUACAACACCUACGGACUCGACGGCAUCGAUCUUGAUUGGGAGUACCCAGGUCAACAAGGUCAGGGAAACCAGCUGGAUCCUUCGGACACUGCGAACUUCCAGUCAUUCUUGGUGGAACUUCGUGCUGCUUUGCCUCAGGGAGCACUGAUUACGGCGGCGGUAGCGUUUACUCCCUGGGUGGCGAGUAACGGUCAGCCGGUUUCGAGUGUUGCGAGGGCAGCGGGGGUGAUGGACUACAUCAUGAUCAUGAACUACGAUGUGUGGGGGUCGAGCAGUAAUCCGGGACCGAAUGCACCUCUGGCGAAUCUGUGCGGCAACUCAACGCAACCCGAUGCAAAUGCAGCUGCGGGCGUCAAGGCUUGGUCCGCAGCUGGUAUGCCCCGAGACAAGAUCCUCCUCGGUAUCCCCGCUUACGGCUACAUCAACAAAUCCACCAAGCGUACCUUGCAAGCCCGAAGUGUCACCCUCACCUCCGGUGACGGCUCUUCCACUUCCGGCCAGAUCAACUUCUCCUCCUUGGUCAAGCAAGGUGCCCUCUUCCUCGGCAGCGACGGCCUGUUCGACGGCGCAGGAGGUUUCACAAAGUACUGGGACGACUGUUCCGACACCCCGUACCUGAGCGACGGAAAGACGGUCGUGACGUACGACGAUACCAGUUCCAUCUUUGACAAGGGCGCAUUCGCCAGCGCAGCCGGAAUCGGAGGCAUCAGCAUGUGGAGCUUGGACGGCGAUACAAAGGAGUGGGUGUUGACGAACAGUGCUAUUGCCGGUAUGAGCUCUACCGGCACUAUCCAGUCGUGA